GCAAAGCAUCCGGGGUCUCACAACGUGAGGUUUUCAGGCCAGUCCUGGUUUUAAAGAGUCCUGCUUUUGGAGAGCUGUUCUCGUGGUAGUACAAGGUUGGGUAUCGAAUCAAAGGGCGAUCUAGUCAUGCUGGUAAAUGCAUAGAUAGAUGUUUAGCACCAUCUGGACCUCUCUAGAAAAUAAGGUGUCUCUCUUCCAAGGAAAUGCUAGGAUUUUUCUGAUCCUCCGGCUCUUUUAUUUGUUGUCUUCACUUUCUUGUACUUUUGAUAGCCCUUCUAGUCUGUUUAUGUCUGUCUGUCUGUCUAUCUAUCUAUCUCUUCACUUUCUUGUACUUUUGACAGCCCUAUUAGUCUGUUUGUCUAUGUCUGACUUGUCUGUCUGUCUAUCUAUCUAUCUAUCUAUCUAUUCACUUUCUUGUACUUUUGACAGCCCUUUUAGUCUGUUUGUCUAUGUCUGACUGUCUGUCUAUCUCUAUCUACCUAUCUAUCUAUCUAUCUCUUCACUUUCUUGUACUUUUGACAGCCCUUUUAGUCUGUUUAUGUCUGUCUGUCUGUCUCUCUCUCUAUAUAUAUCUAUCUAUGUCUUCGCUUUCUUGUACUUUACUCAGCCCUUCUAGUCUGUCUGUCUGUCUAUCUAUCUAUCUAUCAAUCAUCUAUCUAUGUCUUCGCUUUCUUGUACUUUCCUCAGCCCUUCUAGUCUGUUUGUCUAUGUCUGACUGUCUGUCUAUCUACUUACCUACCUAUCCUCUACCAUCUUUUUUUUCUAGUCCAUUUUCUCACAAUCCCAAAAUAUGUGAGCAGUAGAACAGAUCUCAGUAUUCAGCAGUUUCACAUCUAUACUCUCAGAUGCCACAGGCAUUCAGUAUUACUGAGAAAGCCCCUUUUUUCCCCCUGCUGGUAAAUGAGUUUCUUGGAAACAUCUGGCUGGGAUUGCUGUUGGAAAAUGAGCUGGACUUAAUACAGAAAAAUGGUUCUCCUGCUAGUAUAUUAAGACAUUUAAAGCAUAGAAGUCAGGAACAAACAUGUUUGGUUCGCCCAUAACCACACACUGCUUUCAGAACUGAUAGUGGUGCAGGGUUUUUCAACCACUUGCUGGUCAUUCCUUGCUAGAGUGUAGAACAAUGUUUUCUUUUUCAACCAGGUCAAAUCUUUUGGCUCACACCUCUCUCACUCUCCCUUUUUGGGAAAUGUUCCUUAAAGAGCUUGUAAAGAAAGAGAAGCUGGCACGCUGGUCUUUCAGGGUGUGGAGGUCAAUGCAGGUCGACAGAUGCCUUGCGAGUUGAGCCUGGUCCAACGUGGCGGAGAAUACGAGUUGGUUAUAAGCUUCCGGGGAACAGACCCGCUUACUCAAGAGCACAUUCCAAUCAACGGCCGUUUUAAAUGUGUACAAGAGGCUGAAGAAACCUUGCUGAUUGACAUCGCCACAAACUCUGGUUGCAAGAUCCGCCUCCAGGGAGACCACACCACAGAGCGUCUGUUUGAGAUUCCAGACGAGGAGCAAUGCUUGGAGUUCCUUGCUGAGGUGCUAAGGCUUCAGAAAGCCUCGACAAAAACACUUUCCCCCGAAUUGGUGGACCAUGCCUCCUGGAACCAAGUGAAAGGCCUCUCGGGGCCCGUGGAUCCUCUUCCUGCAGGCCUUCUGGGGUUCGAGGAUAAUUUCAGCGCCAUAAGCCUGGAGAAGAAAAGGAACUUGCAGAACCAGCAGAUGAGUGCCCGCCGAGAGCCUCCACCCCCACCCCAGCUUCCCAUCCGGUCAUACCCCCGCGAGAAGGAGAGCGUCAACAAGGACCCACCCAAAGGCAGCAACACGAUGCGCACGUUCUUCACGCCGUCCCGCCACACGCAAUCCGGGCAACGGGAAGGACUCAUCAAGCACUUUGUCCUUAAGCGAGAGAAGGAGUAUGUCAACAUCCAGAACUUCAGGUUUUUUAUAGGGACCUGGAAUGUCAAUGGACAGUCGCCGGACAGCGGUUUGGAGCCUUGGCUGAUCGCAGACCCGGAGCCUCCAGACGUCUACUGCGUAGGGUUCCAGGAGCUGGACCUGAGCACAGAAGCCUUUUUCUACUUUGACUCAAACAAAGAGCAAGAAUGGCUGACGGCCGUGGAGAAGGCCUUGCACCACAAAGCCAAGUACAGGAAAGUCCAGCUCGUCCGUCUGGUUGGCAUGAUGCUGCUGAUCUUUGCCAGGAAGGAGCAGAUGGACUUCAUCAAAGACGUGGUGGCAGAGACGGUUGGCACCGGGAUCAUGGGCAAGAUGGGCAACAAGGGAGGUGUGGCCGUCAGAUUUGUCUUCCACAAUACCAGCUUCUGCAUCGUCAACUCCCAUCUGGCUGCCCACGUGGAGAACUUCGAGCAGCGCAACCAAGACUACAAGGACAUCUGUGCCCGCAUGAGCUUUCAGGUUCCUGACCAGAAUCUGCCACAGCUGACCAUCAUGAAACACGAAAUUGUCAUCUGGCUGGGAGAUCUGAACUACCGGCUUUGCCUGCCUGACGCCAACGAUGUAAAAAGUCUAAUCAGUAAAAACGAGCUUCAGAAACUGCUCACGUUUGACCAGCUGAAUAUUCAGCGUACCCAAAAAGCAGCUUUUGCUGAUUUCACAGAAGGCGAAAUCAAGUUCAUCCCCACGUACAAAUACGACUCUAAAACAGAUCGCUGGGAUUCCAGUGGAAAAUGCCGUGUGCCAGCUUGGUGUGACCGGAUUCUCUGGCGAGGAGGCAACAUCAGCCAGCUCCAAUACCGCAGCCACAUGGAGCUAAAAACAAGCGACCACAAGCCCGUCAGCUCCCUCUUCCUCAUAGGGGUGAAAGUUGUAGAUGACAAACGGUAUCGGAAAAUAUUUGAGGACAUUGUUCGGAUGAUGGACAGGAUGGAGAACGACUUCCUUCCAUCCGUGGAGCUGAGCAGGAGGGAGUUCUCUUUUGAGAAUGUAAAGUUUCGGCAACUUCAGAAGGAGAAAUUCCAGAUCACAAACAACGGUCAAGUCCCCUGCCACUUCUCCUUUAUCCCCAAGCUCAACGACACGCAGUACUGUAAACCAUGGCUUCGUGCUGAACCCUGCGAAGGUUAUUUGGAACCAAAUGAGACGUUGGACAUCUCCUUGGACGUCUACGUCAGCAAGGACUCGGUGACCCUCCUCAAUUCGGGGGAGGACAAGAUCGAGGAGAUCCUGGUCCUUCACUUGGACCGGGGCAAGGAUUACUUCCUCACCAUCAGCGGCAACUACCUGGUCAGCUGCUUUGGGACCUCCUUGGAAGCCCUGUGCCGGAUGAGGCAGCCCAUCCGUGAAGUCCCCGUCACGAAGCUCAUCGAUCUGGGAGACGACGGCUGCCUAGAACAGGAGAAGUCUCUUCUGAAGAUGGUGCCUCAGGAUGAAGACUCUAGUGACCGGCCUUUGCACAUACCCAAGGAGAUCUGGCUCCUGGUGGACCACCUCUUCAAGAAUGCCUGCCAUCAGGAGGAUCUGUUCCAGACCCCUGGCAUGCAAGAAGAACUGCAGGAUAUUAUCGAGUGUCUGGACACCAGCAUCCCGGAGUCCAUCCCUGGCAGCAAUCACUCCGUGGCUGAAGCUCUGCUCAUCUUCCUCGAGGCCCUUCCCGAGCCCGUCAUCUGCUACGAACUCUACCAGCGCUGCCUUGACUGCUCCCAGGAUAGUCGCCUCUGCCGGCAGGUCAUUUGUCAGUUGCCACGCUCACACCGGAAUGUCUUCCGCUACGUGAUGGCCUUCCUGCGAGAACUCCUGAAAUACUCGGAGAGCAACAACGUCAGUGCCAACAUGCUAGCCACCCUUUUUGCCAGCCUCCUCCUGCGGCCUCCACCCAACCUCGUCUCCAAGCAGACUUUGCAAGAUCGCCAGCGAGCCAACGGUUUCAUCCUGGGCUUCCUGUUGGGAGCAGAUGACUACUAAGGACCUGGCAUGCAUGCUCUGAGCCAGCCAAGGGGCAAAGGAAGAGAGAGGCCCAGGUUCUGGGCUCUGGGACAGUUAUUACAGGGAUAAGAUGCUUCCCAACACUGCGUGAGACUCCCUGUUCUUAAGUUUCAUCUGUGCCGGUCGCUGGUUGCAGAAGAAGAGGGUCCUGGUCACUUAGCAGGCAGCCCGUUUGCUGAUCUUGGCCGGCACGUGGUAACCGCUCCGUCCACUCCCUGUCUAGUACUGUAUUUCCUCGCCUUUUGCUCCACCAGUCUAAUCCCUUAGGUAGAGACCAGUUCUCUGUUGGGAAGGCAGCGAGGUGCCCGCCACAGCCCGUCUAUCUCUUAGCCUGCUUUGUACAAUUCAGUUGUCUGUUCCCGUCUGCGGCCCUUGCUCACAGCCCAGCUGGUCUCCCACUGUAGUACCACUUGUACUUCACAAAACACACCACACACUGCCAAAGCAGAAGUGGGAGGGGGGUGGAAAGGUCGGGGCAGCAGAUGCUUGCUUUCAAGCGAGGUCCAGGUUGUUGGUUCCCUUCCCUUGCGGUUCUGCCUUUUUGUCUUUCCGGUUGUCUGUUUCAGGUUUCUGUACUUUGUGCAUAUUCACUCUUUUUCUCUCUCUCUCUCUUUUUUUUAACUGUAUAAUUUAUUGGGAAAGUUGUUUCAAAAUAAAUCCACAUUGUGCAAAA